AUGAAUUAAACAGAUCCAGCUUUAAUCGAUUAAAUUAAGGAUAAGCUUAAAUUUUCUAAGAUAAACGCUUUAAAAUUGUAAGAACUUGAUCAUAUGUUAAAUCAAAUUUAGUCUUCCAAAUAACAAUAUGAAGAAAAUAAAUUGAUAACAAGAUUAUAGACAGUAGAAAAUAAAUUGUCUGAAAUUUCAAAUUUAUUAGCUGAACUUACUUUAUUAAUAAAAAAAAAAUCAGGAUUCUUAUAGUAUUUUAAAUUAAGCCCUGAUAUUCAAAGUAUUUAAUUAAAAUGUUGUGAGGAAAUCAAAAUUCUUUAUUAUGACACGUCAAAGCAUUUAGAAGAUUGCCCACUUAUUACUAUAAGUACUUAUACGUAAUAAAAAUAAAUGAUAGAUACAGAUUUCAUUAAAAUUAUAACUUUAAUUAAAAUUAAUCAUCCAAAGAUAUUUCCAAUAAAAUAUGGAUUGAAUUUAAUGUUAAGGUAAGGAAUUUAUUCAGAGAUAUAUGAAAUAGAAGUCUUAAGAAGAGAUUUAAUAAAGAAAAUUAUAGAAAAAACAUUCAAUAAUCUAGAUGAACAUUAAAAACAAUACCUCCUAUAAUUUGAUAAAAAGAAACAUAAUUAUUAACUCUUUAAAGCUGAAUAUUCCAUAAGUAGUAAAAUUUGUGCUUUUACUUCAGAAUUUUUCCCUUAUGUUAUCACUGCUUAUUAAAAUUAAAAUAUAAUUUAUUUAUGUAAAGAUAUGAAAUUAAAAUUUUUUCCUAAUCAUUUUCUUACUGUUUUGGAAACUAACACCAAGAAUUAAGAUUUGGACAAUUUUUCUACUGUAUCUGAUAGUAAUGAUGAAAAAAAUAAAAAUAUUUUAAAAAUCGCAAAUUAUGGAUAUAUUAAGUUUCAGUAUUCAAAUAUUGAUUAAUAGUAAGAAGAAAUUUAGAAUAAUGAAUAAAAACCAGAAUAAUAAGUCCUAAUUAAUUAUGAAUUUUAUUUGAAAAAUUCGAAUAUAUUUUUGCUUGACUACAUUCCUUAGAUAAAUGCAUAAUUAUUUCAUGACAAUAAUGGAUUUUAUAUAUUGCCUGAAAAAACACCAAUCCAAAAUUACUAUUAUCUAUUUUAUAAAAAAUAACUAUAAACCAAAGCUAAAGAAUUUAAGAUUGGACUUCAAUUGAAAGGAACAGGAUGGAUUUAUAUUGAAACUGAAAAAAAUAAAGCAGAGCGUCAUAAUGCUUGA